AUGUCUUCAGAUAUUAUUCUCUCUACAUUUGAAACAACUAUUAUUGAAUUCUGUGAAGUCACUACAUGGAUCAAUUCACAACUAUUGGAUCUGAAACAAUUAACAUCCGAUGAUACUAAAUCAAUAUCUAAUCGAAUUGAUGCGCUUCAGCCUACAGCAGAAAAAUUUGAAACCUCAUUUAGAAAAGGUGGAGUCACUAUUAAUGAGGAAACAAUGUUAAGGUUUGAGAAUUUAUCUAGUAUUCUUUGGAAUACAGUUUCUCUGUCAUUAAAAACAAGUUCGUCGGAUACAGCAUUGACCACAUUCCUUUGUAAAUGUCAGCUAUUUGUUGCAAUACUUCUCUCUGUGUACAAUUCAUUAAAUGACAAAAUCGACGUUACUCUUCGUUCAUGUAAUUGUUUUGUAACAAUAUUAAAAACUUUAAUGGGAGAAUUCAACCAAAAUUCAAAUGAAAAAUCAGCUUCCCAGGAGAAGAUAUUUAAAGAUUCGAUGACUCAUAUGGAAAUAUAUAUAAACCUUUUAACAGAGAAGAAAUAUGAAAUGAAAGAAAAUGAUAUCUUUUUCUCUAAAAAAUUAUUGGUUGAGGCUAACAUUUGUAUAUUCCAAUGGUACGUUCAACAAAAUGAUAAUGAUACUGCUAAAAUAUAUCUAAAAAGAAUAACUUUGGACAAAUUGAAUAAAGAUUAUAAAGUUGAAGUAGUGUUAGAAGUUGCUAGGAUAAUUUAUAACUCCUCCUUAUAUUUAUACAACCUUAAAGAAAUUUCUAAAAUUGACACCAUAGAAAACGUAAUAUUAUAUCUUAAUGAGUCUUUUGCAUACCUUACAUUACCCAUAGAAAAAAUAACGACACAUAUAGAUUAUUCUACAGUCAGAUACUUAGUUGUUACACUUCUAAUUCAAUGUUAUAUUGAGAAAGGACAACUAUCAUCAGAUGAACAAGAACAAGUAACUAUCCUUUUAGAAUUACUUCAAAAACAAUAUCCAAAGAAGGCUAUUCCCUUUCAAUUACAGAUAAAAUACUUAAUAAAGACAGCACCAGAGAAUAUGGUUGAGAUUCUUUCUUCUAUCAUUAUGCAAAUGAUGCUUUCAAUAGAUAUUUCAAAAAAUUAUGAUGCCCUUAUCAGUACUAUUAAUGAGUUCAGUCAAAUCAGUACUCUGAGUGCCUUAACCUCUUUGGAUUAUUUGUUCCAGAAUAAGGUUGAUCCAGUAAAGGAGCAGAAGCAUUUUGAACAGACUAUAUUGACUAGAUUUUACAUAACACUUCAAUCCAGGGAUUUGAAUGAAACUGAGGUUAUAACACAGCUAUGUGAUUUUUAUAAAUUGAUUGAGAAACGACUUUCACAACCACUGUCGAGAAGCACAGUUUCAUGUAUUGUAACUCUCUUAUGGAGUUCAGGGAAAAAAAUUGAAAAGAUGGAAUCAUAUGAGAUUUGUAGUAAGUUUUAUGAACUUGCUUUAGAGGAUAUUAUCAGUGGAUCUUAUGCUGAAAGAGGGAAACUCCACAGGGCUUUAGCAUCUGCAUAUUUAUCUUCUAAUAAUCUUUCGAAAGCUGAAGAAACUUUGCAACACAUUAAUCCAGAAGACUUGAAUCAUCCAUUGACAAUUUUAAUUAAAGUCAAGUUGCUUCUUGCCUUAAAAGAUUUUUCAAAUAUUCCAAAAUGUUUUGAAUUAUUGUUUCAUUCCUCUAAUGAAAAGAGUGUUGAAACGUUUAUCCUUGCUUUGAAUGAGGUGCAAAACUUACCGCAAAUACUUAUUGAAGGUGUUACUUUACUUUUUCAAAAGUUAAAUAAUGUUAAUGAUAAAUUUGGACAGUUUCCUUCAGAGAAGUGGGAUAUAUCUGUAAUUACUUUAAUUCGUUAUACUAUACAAAGUGUUAUUAAAUUUACAGAACAAGACCAAGAUAGUUUAAAUGUGGAAUCGAAAAAGAUUUUAGUAUUGUUGUUAGAACCACUUAAGUUUCUUGAGGAACUAAAGGCCAAGAAGAAAUUGUCCAUAUGUACGGAUGAUAGUUCUAGUAGCAAAGUUCAUUUUACUCUAACAGUAGACGAUAUAGAGUGGUUUGCUUCGACAGCAUACAAUAUUGCAGGAACCUUGCGUCAAAGCAAAACAAAAUUGAAAGAAUCAUUUGAAUUCGUGAGAGUUGGCUUCAAUUUUCUGAAAUUAAUACCGUACACCGAUUUUACAUUCCCAAAAAUGUGCUAUUAUAGUUAUUGGGAAUAUAGAUGUCGUUAUCAAAUUGCAAAUUUACAUUGCCAAAUGAUGGAAAAAGGAGAUUAUCAAGAAAUUGAUUCAUCCAACAAACAUAGAGAAGUAACAUAUAAACUCGAACUUGAUAAUUUAAUUCAUGAUAUUAUUUUGUUUAUUAAGACUGCGACGAAUAGUAAUGGUUUAAGUGGUGAGCAAACUAUCGACUUACAAGAUUUGUUGGUGGAGUGCUUUAAAUGUUAUCUCAAUGUUUUAAUAUUUCAACGUAAAAUAGAUAUGGUAGAAAACUUAUUAUUAUUGGGGGAAACUGAAAAUCUAAUUAAUUUAGAUGAACAUUUUGUGGAGGUUCUCAUAGAGAGAACUGAAACACCUAUUGACCUGAGAAGGCCUAUCAUAAUAAAGCUGAUUCAAAGAAAUUUGGAAAAUACCCAAGUUGAAAUCAAUAAACUUUGUUGUUGGAUAAAGUUUACAUUUACUGAUUGUAAUAUAAAGUUUUCUUCUUCUGAGUUAGCAAUUUUUGAAUGUCUACUUUCAAAGUUGAAGACAAACAACCACCAAACCUAUGAUAAUCCUCAAGAGGUCGAAACAGAUAUUGAAAGUAUAUCUACUAUAUGUUGGAACCAUGGGAUUAAUUCUUUAAUAUCUGACUCAAGGGAUGAUUUUAUCAAGUGGGCAAAACUCGCCUACGGUUUUACAAAGUUUACCAGAGUUGGAUUGGAUAUACAAAUGAGAGGUCUAUGGGAUUCUCUGUUAUCUACUGGUCAAAUAGAAAAUAGUGAAGAGUUGGCCAAUCUAUUUGAAGGUUCAGCCUAA